AUGAGCAAACAGACACAACGACCCUUGAGAGUGAUUGUGGUUGGCGCGGGAUUGGGUGGACUUGCCGUAGCUAUCGAAUGUUUGCGGCACGGUCUGGAGGUGAAAAUUCUCGAGAAAGCACCUGAGAUCUCGCCUAUCGGUGCUGGAAUACAAAUCCCCCCGAAUGCAGCUCGAGUCCUGCAACAUUUCGGACUCGAAGAUCAGAUCCGCGCGAAAGGAGCAAUACAGGUGAAGGGGAACCAUCUCAAGCGCUGGAGGGAUGGUAAAGUCUUAUGUUCACGACGUGGUGGAGACCAGAUGAUCCAGGACUUUGGUGCACCGUGGUUCGUUAUACAUCGUGGCGACUACCACGAGGUGCUGUUAAAUGAGGCACUUCGCCUGGGGGCCGAUCUCUGGAAGAACUCCGAAGUUGUGGAUGCUCAGUUCAGUCUGCCGGACCCACAUGUAGUACUUCAGACUGGGGAGAGGAUAGAAGGUGACGUGAUUGUUGGCGCUGACGGGUUGUGGUCGUUUAUGCGCGACAUGGUUAUCGGAAAGCCAUCUCCCCCCGCGCCGACCGGUGACCUCGCCUAUCGAGGGACGUUUUCACGUCAACAGCUUGAGGCGUUCAAUGAUCCACAGAUCAACGAAUUGAUCGGCUCAAGAUGCACAUACAACUGGAUGGGUCCAAACAGGCACAGCGUAUUCUAUCCAGUGAAGGACUGCACAGCGUUCAAUCUGGUUCUUAUUCGACCUGACGACCUCCCGCCGAGUUCCAGAACAUCUGCCGGAGACAUUGAUGAGAUGCGGAUGACCUAUGACGGUUGGGACCCCGUGCUGCAGAAAAUCAUCUCAUGCCACGACAAUGUCCUGAAAUGGAAGCUCUGCCACCACGAAGAACUCCCAACAUGGGUCUCGGGCAAUGGCGUGACCAUCGGCGACGCUUCACAUCCAAGCCUGCCGUAUCAGGCACAAGGUGCUGCAAUGGCGGUGGAAGAUGGCGUCAUUCUCGGAACUUUGCUUGGAAACCUGCAGAGCUUAACGGAUAUUCCGCACGACGAGAAACUCGACCGGGUACACGACAUGCUGGUCCUAUUUGAGAGCUUGCGGAAGAGAAGGACGACCCUGAAUGUUCGCGGAGCGAUUGCCAAUCGUCACAUGUUCCAUAUGGAAGACGGUCCUGAGCAAGAGCAACGCGAUCGAGAGCUGAGCGAAGUCGAUUGGAUCAAGCCAUGUCGUUGGCAGUGGGCUGAUAUGGGCUACCAGAGGAGGAUGCUUGGGUUUGAGUCCGUGAAGGAGACUGAAAAAGCCUUCGCGGCGUGGAUCAAAGGCCAAAGCGAUAUGGCUAGACCUACCUGCUCGCUCUGCGCUCGAGUGGGAAGCGACUGUAUCUUUCCAACAAAAAGGAAGCGUCCGGAAGCGACAGGCCAAGGCACUAACAAGCGGAAGAAAUUUGCCAAUUCGGCCCAAACAAGUCCGACGCCAACGAGUCCUGGCCAAUCUGCGACUUCGAAUGCUUCCCUCGACAGUCUCGGCAGCCGUCAAGCAGGCGGCAUGUCUAGGACCGGACCUGCAGCCGGACAACGUCGCGCCACUGGACCAUUGCCUUCCAUGGAGCAGCCAGAUUACAGCAACCUUGCUUGCGAAGGGGCCCAACCCGAGUCGGACUUCUGGACGACGGUACAAGAUAACGACUUUGCGAUAGACGACGCGAUGGACCACCACCUGACGCCUGAGGAGAUCUUACAAUGGGCGGCAAGAAGCCCUAUGACACAGUCGCUCGUGGGUUAUUUGAGGCAGGACGGCAAUUUCGCGGCUGAAAUGGAUGUACCAUUCUCUUUCGGAAAUGGCUCCACCCCAAAUUCUCAGAUAUACAUGGGCGCUGAAAAGGAAUACUACUCCCUCGCAGUGCCUGACGAAGAGGUCACUGAUCUCAUUGAGGUCUUCUUCAACAAGAUCAAUGGCUUUUUACCAAUUUUCCAUCGGCCACGGUUUCUCGCCAAGUAUUCACACCAACGACCUUCCGAUGUCCUGAAUUACUGCCAGCUGGAUCUAGAAGAUGCUCUGAUAUUGAACGGAGUCAUAUCGCUCUCCGCAAGGUUCUCAAAAUCUCCUUACUGGCAAAGUACACCCCCAAGAGAUCGUGGCGAAGCAUUUGCGCAGCAAGCUAAGAGAAUCUUCCUCGAUGCGACUGCAAAGGAGGACAGAUCGCCGACUCUACCCUAUCUUCACGGAUGCGUUCUUCUUGCUGCUUACUACCAUACGAGUGGUCCGAGCUCCUUUGGUUGGAUGUUGUCGGGCGUGUGCGUUCGCCUGGCAUACGACCUGGGGCUCAACUACGUGGAUGAGGAUCUGCAAGGACAGCCCAUUACAACUAAGCAAUGGAAAAGCGCAGAAGAUUGGGAUGAACGUGAAGAAAAGCGACGUGCAUUCUGGUCCGUCUGGGAGCUUGAUGGCUUCCCUUCCACCAUGAGCCGAAGGCCAUACGCCAUCGAUCGACAGAAAUUCCAGGUCAUGCUGCCUGCCUCGGAUGAGAACUGGUGGAGUGGCAUCCCCAUCGCAUCAGCCUUCAUUGGAAAGUCGCCCGCAACAGCAUGGAAAGGGCUGGAGACUUCGCCCAAUCAGUGGGAGCGAGCGUGGUUCUUAGUCUCCAACUCUUUACUCGGACUGGCUUCCGACUUGCUCGAGCAGCGCAAUGUCUCGCAAGAGGCAGUCGAAGAAUUCGAAUCAGUCUUGAGCUGCUUCGCGUUGAGCCUGCCAGAGCACUUUCGACUCUCCACCAAUCCGCCGACUUUUGACGAGGAGACUUUUGCGCGGAGCAAUUGGAUUGUGGUGACUAAUCUGAUGAUCACUUGGUAA